AUGCUGUGGCGCAGUCACGUGAGACUGCACCUCGUCAUCGCACACCUUCCGGGGGUUUUUCGGACGCAAUUUUGACUUCCUGAUAUUCAAAUUAAAAGAUCUCGGGAUGUUCCGAACGUUUUCUUGGCGGGGUGGCGUAAUGGCAACGCGUUGCUUUCCGGUGGCAAAGACUGUGGGUUCGAGUCCCAUCCUCGUCGUUAAUCUUUUGGGGGUUGUCUUCUUCUUUGAUGUAUCCGCCUGGCUCGGUUUCCUACAUUUUUUCCAUUUUGGAGAAGCUUUUGCACAAGUACAGGUUUCGGGACAUACAUUGUGGGCGGAAAGACACAAGCUAAGCGCUGCGAGCACGAUCCCUACCAUAAGUACCAGUUUACACGACGCAGACGCAGCGAACUCGUCGGAAAACCCGUCGAGCUUUACAUCUCGCCUACUCCGCGGUCAAUACUACUGGCACUCGAUAACUUGUGGAAUGAGAUUCAUUACAGCCUGCUCGAGUGGACUGCCUAAUCAAAACCGCAAGUUGCUGAGUCGCUUGCUGGGGUAUCAGUCUGUAGCACCCGCAACCGCUCAUCACCCCGGACCCGAACGCCAGAAAGAAAGCAAAACCCAUUGAACUUCCACUCCGCCCCUUCCAGUACGCCAGAAAGAAAGCAAAGACCACUGAAACACCUUUCCGCACCGCCCCGAAUCUUCUAGUACCACAACAAUCCUCCGUGAGACUACUCUCCACUAGCCACCCAACGCCGACCGCUACUUCCAGUGUCCACGCAUCCAACCGCCGACCGCUACCUCCUCUAUCUCCAGACCGCCCGGCUCGCCCCUCGUUCCUUGGUUCAUCUCACUCGUCUUCAUGAAUUCCGGGUCCGGUAUCGGGACUGUCUCGG